CUCCUCCUCCUCCUCUCCCGGGUAUUUAACCCGGCACGGGAUGCCCAAACCUGCAGGAUCCUCACUCCUGUGCUGGGCAUCCCGAAGGGACGGACAGACGGACAGACAGACGGCCCCAGGGAGUCGCUCAGGAAUUUCUGCUCCCAUGGAUAAAUCACUUCACCUCACAAUCUGUGUGCUCACAGCCCUGCUGCUCCUGAGGGAAUCAAGCCAGGCAGGAGCUGGGAGGAAUGAUGAUGCUAUGAGUAAGGGCACAGACCAUCGGGGAACAGGAGAGGGACUUCCAACCCUGACUGUCACAACCAUCCUGCUGACAUUGCAGUGGCUCCCCUGACUGUCACCUCAGCCAGGGAGGAGGUGGUGUCCUUCACCACCCCCUUCCUGCAGACCGGCAUCGGGAUCCUGCUCCGCAAGGACACGGCCUCGCAGGACAUGUCCUUCUUCCACUUCCUGUCCCCUUUCAGCAAGGAGACCUGGACAGCUCUUUUGUUUGCUUACCUGCUCACCUGCUUCUGCCUCUUCCUUGUUGCCAGACUGAGCCCCUGUGAGUGGAACGAGCCAAAGAAUGAAGAGAACCACUUCACCUUCCUGAACAGCCUCUGGUUUGGAGCAGGAGCACUGGCCCUGCAGGGUGCCACCCCCAGGCCCCAGGCACUGUCGGUGAGGGUCAUUGCUGUGGUCUGGUGGCUCUUCACCCUGGCCCUGCUGGCUGCCUACAUCGCCAACUUCACAGCCCUGCUGAGCUCCGGCAGCGAGCAGCUCCCCAUCCAGACCUUCGAGGACCUGGUCAAGCAGAGGAACCUGGAGUUUGGGACCCUGGAGGGCUCCUCCACCUUCUACUACUUCAAGAACUCCAAGAACCCCAUCCACCAGAUGAUCUAUGAGUACAUGGAGAAGAGGAGGGAGCACGUGCUGGUCAAGACCUACCAGGAGGCCGUGCAGCGCGUGAUGGACUCCAACUACGCCUUCAUCGGCGAGUCCAUCUCGCAGGACCUGGCGGCCGCGCGCCACUGCAACCUCAUCAGGGCCCCCGAGGUCAUCGGGGCCCGUGGCUUUGGCAUUGCCACCACCCAGGCAUCCCCCUGGACCAAGCCCCUGUCCAUCGCUGUGCUCAAGCUGCGCGAGUCGGGGGACCUGGACUACCUGAGGAACAAAUGGUGGGAGAGCAGCUGCCUGCGCCAGAGCCGGGAGCGCUGAAAUCCUGUUGCUCUGUUUUCACAGAAGAAAUCUGCACUCGUCUACGCAUAAAAGGAGCUGCCAGACAAAGCCAGGACACGCCAGGGAAGGCAAAUGCUUGAGGAGUUUUUGCUGUGUUAGGGUUGUGCCACGUCCUAGGAGCUCUAUCAGUGUAGGAAGAUGUUUUUCUGCUAGCCUAGAGUGUUAGUUUGCUAAUUACAGACACACACAGCACUUCUGGAGUGGUGGUGGAGCUGCAGACACAGGAAAUUAAGUGGCUUGGAAGAAUUUAAAUUGCUAAAGGGUAGAGUGGAGCUGUGACAAAUGGAUAAACUGGAGCAGAGCUGGCCAGGAUGGUGGAUCCAUGUUUAGGUUUGAAGUUCACCCUGUAAGUCCAUGAAGGCCUGGAGGAGGAAGUGACUGAGAACAGGUUAAUGUGAAGCCUCUGCUACUAAUUCCUGUGUGAGGAACAGCCGUGGAACAUUAAAGCUCCUGUCUGUCUCAUAAUCAGGAACAGCAGCUUAGGCAUUGCAGCUCUAAAUAGCCUCACCCUGCCCUGCCUGAGAGGAGGGGCUGGUCCCUGGAGGGCAAUUCCUGGAUCAGAACUGACAGUGCUGCUGUGUAACCCCAAACAGGCCCUGCCUGCACCCCAAAAAGGGAGCUCCUGCCACCAAGGUGGCACCUGAGCUAAGAAAUGCCAGGCAGGGCUUGUCCUUUGACCCUUCCCAGCACAGGAGUGACAAUGUUUUGUUCUUGUUGCCCAAGAAUUAGAAUUGACAGUGGAAAUUCAUCAGUACCAGAGCAGGGAAGGAUGUGGGGAUGAGUCAAACACAGCAGAGCCCCAGCUCCCCUGCAAGGGGAGAUGGGAGGGUGUUUUGCAUCACUCUCCUGCUCUCAAACAAUGCUGAAGUUCAGGGGAACAGUUUUCUCAGCUGCAUGUUAAACACCUUCCUCAUUAAGCUGUUUUCCCUUUCAGAGCUGGGAUGGCUGAGGCAUUUAAGUGUUAGGGCAAACUGGUGGUGAAAUCACUCCAUGUAUCAACUGCAUAGCUGAAGGAGGGAAAAAACAAAUUGUGUUCCUUGGGAAUGGCUGUAAUUGCACUGCAGAAACAAAACCACCAAUCCUUGUCAGUCCCACGAGGGAAAACUGAAAGGAAACAGAAGCCAGGGGAGUUCAGGAUGGGGAGUUAUGGGUGAUCCUGAACCCAGCACUGCUCAUUCCCUGGGAGGGAAUUCAGUGAGACUCAGCUUCAGCUGCUGUGAAGGAAUUCAGUGCAGCUGCAGGACUCCCUCAUCCUUCCAGGAUUCCCUCCAUGGUCCCUCCUGCUAAUGGGAACAAACAAGGGGUUAGGAAUUCCAGGUGUUGGGAAACCAGGGCUGGUCCUUAACUCAGACUGCAACAGCCCUGGCUCAGUCACAGCCUGAGCAGCGUUUGUGGGGUGAGAAGGUGGAUCAGCCCUUCCAUCAGCUGAGCUGCACAGAGCAGGAGAGAUUUAGUAAGUCUAAAAGCUGAAAAUGCAACAUCAGGAAAUGCAACAACAGGUUCACUUAGCAGUUAAAAACUAUUUGGUAGGUGCUGUGUCACUGCUGGCAGAGUAGGCAGAGAUGUAUAAAAAAAGGUUUCAUUGACAUUUAAAUAUAUUUCUAUAUGAAUGUCUCACAGAACAAAAAAAUAAAGUCUUUUCAUCACAAAUACUGCAGCAUUAAAAUAAACACUUACCAAAAUAAACAAUGAGUGAUAUACAUAUAUAUAUUUGAGUGUGUAGACUAUAGAGUGAAUCAUAUUGUCGCUUUUUAAGUCACAAAAGCACAAUAUAAAUACGGAAUUUCCUGUGAACUCUUGUCCCUGUUGUAAUAAAAAUACAUUCUUUACAGUUAAAGUAAAA